AUGAACGAACUGAGGACUCAUCUUGUCCACUUCCGAACACAGCGGAACCUUGCCAACAGCCGGGAAGAUGCUAAAAAGCGGUUUAUUGCGCGCCGUCAGUUCAGGCAGCUCGUCUCCCGCUACUGCCUCGAUGACACUGGUCCUUUCAAGCCGUACUGCGAUGACCUCCAACCCUCCAACAUGCUUGCAGAUCCAGAAACUCUCCGUAUCACGGCUGUGCUAGACUUUGAGUUCGCAAACAGUAUGCCAGCCCAGUUCGCCUACGACCCACCUUGGUGGCUACUUCUACUGGGGCCUGAUAUGUGGCUUGAACAUCACUCUAUGGAAGAGUUCGUGACCCGCUAUGUGCCGCGAAUGCAGCAAUUUUUACGAGUCUUGGAGCAGGUAGAAAUGAGGACGACCUCGGAAGAAGUUCAAAACGACCCACCUCUUUCGGUUCUGAUGCGCGAUUCUUGGGACAGCGGAAGGUUCUGGUUCGACUACGGCAUUAGAAAGAGUUUCGACGUAGAUGCGGUCUAUUGGGCUGCACUUCACAAGGAUGGGCAUGAUGAGCUUGAUGAACUUGAUGACAAGACGAAAGAAGAGAUGGAAAAGCUGGUGGAUAUGAAAAUGGACCAGUUGAAGGCUUAUGAUGCAGAGUGCAAAAUUCGAUUCUCUUAG